CACAGCGCCUGCAGCCCUCCGCCGCCGUGUAUUUGGUCAGAAAACAGCGCCGGCGCGCGGCGCGCGGCCUUUUUCCGCAGGCAGCCUCCCCCGCGGCGGCGGGGCUGAGGGAGCAGGCAGACCCGACUCGGCCGCUCUCCGCCGCGCCGCGCCGCCGACCGCGAGAGCGAGAGCGUUGUGUUGCGAUUGGCACGCGUCACGGGGCGACAGCUACCUGAGCAGCGCGCUCCGUCGGCCGCCUCGUCGGUCUCGACGCGGCUCCGUCGGCUCCGACGCCGGCCAGUGCCGACUCGGCGGUGGCGGAGGAACGGGUGCGGCUCGGCGCGGUGUGAGGCGGCGGACCGGCGCGGCGGAAGGGCGGACGGGCGGGCGGACAGCGAAGGGAGGCGGUCCGAGGUGGUGUUGGAGCGGCGUGAGACUCAGUCCGAGCGCUGGGCGACUGAGAGGACUCUGUACAGCGGCUGCAUCGGCCGGCGGCCGAGAGAAGGUCAGGAUGAUCAAAGUUGGUAACCAGACCAACUCACAGGACCCGCAGGCGGUCAACUCCCGAGUGUUUGUGGGAAAUCUAAACACCUUCCAGGCGACGAAAACGGAUGUGGAACGACUCUUCCAGCGCUAUGGACGCAUUGCAGGAAUCUCGAUGCACAAAGGGUUCGCGUUUAUUCAGUUUACGAACCCGUUUGACGCCCGCUCCGCCUGUAUGGGGGAGGACGCACGCAGCAUAUUCGGUCAGGUGCUCGAUGUUAACAUGGUAGCAGAACCGAAGCCUGCUCAGACUGGACGAAAAAGGCAACAGCAGCAACAACAGAAGCAUCAACAGCAGCAGCAGCAGCAACAACAAAAUGUGAUACAGACGGCCAAUGACUGGUACUACGCGGCGGCGGCGGCUAACCCGUUCACGGCAGCGGCGGCGGUGCGGCUGGCGGCGGCCUCACCGCCCAACAAACGUCAGAGGGUGCUGGUGCCGCCGCACGGCACUGCCGCCUCCCCCGGCGGCAGCAGCAGCGGCCAGACCCCGUCACCCACCCCGGCUCCCGCAGGACAGCACGCGCCCAAACUGUUCUGCCUCGACGACCUCAAGACAUACAGCAGUCCAGACAUCCUCAUCUGUGGCAACUGCAGGGAGAUGUUCGGGGACGUCAUGGACAUGCUGGAUCACAAGCGGAGCUACUGCAAACUGCGGUUCGCCUGCAAAUGUGGAGAGCACACGACAUCGGCAAAAAGUUCGAGUCGGACGUCCUCGUCACUGGUCUGCGCCCUCUGCAAGGAGUCUUUCAGCAGCGCCUGGGACCUGAUGGUACACUUUCAGACGGCGCACACCGUCAACAUCUAUCGGCUCGGCUCGCCACCCAAAGACGCGGACGCUCGUUCUGAGGCGGCCAGCUCGGAGACCAGUGUGCGGGACGCAGAGGUCAAGGACGUGACCUCUCCCGGGUCAGCCGUGCCCAACGGCACGCCCACUGUCACAGUGGAGACGACCAACGGGUCGCCCGACAGUCUGACCUCUCCGGUGCUGAAGGUGCCGGCACCGGACCGGCUCAACGGUAGUGCCAGUGCGGUGGCGCAGAGGAGCUGAAGACCGCCCUCCGCUCACUCUACUGCCGCCGCUGCCGGUCACCCCUCUGAACUGCUGCUACGUGUAGGAGCGGCGGGCCUCCUCUGCUCCCAGUGGGAGGUCGUACCGCGCUCCGCGGCAGACCCACUCACCCUCAGUGCCCGGCGCGGAGUAUGUCAGAGCCGUGAACUCGCUCAGUGGUGGGGUAAAUGUCAGAGCGGGGGUGGCUACUCGACUCUCCUGCCAUAGGUGCCAGGGGACGCGCCGACCAUUGCCCGUAUUCCAAGACGGGGUGGAAGAGCUCGGCACUGCCGCUCUGAUGUCAAUCUCGAGCGGGCCGCCAUCAGGGGCACCUGGAUACUCCCCGGUAAGAUGAACAGAUUGGCAGAAAUGUGGCCGCUGACAGAACUGGAGACGUUCCCAAGAAGAUUCGAGGAAAUUCGGGCUAUGCUUACUAUCUCCAAGCGGCUCCGGGCGACUGGAGACAGUUGGAGGUGGCUGGAAGAGUGUCUUCUCGGCCCGGGAGGACUCGGAUGUUCUCAGCGAGUGGUCACAUUUGACACGCUCCGGCGGCGUUAGCUCAGGAGCUGCUGUGCCUUGCUGAGCUCCGCCAUCACAUCACCGUAGCUCUCUGCCAUAGCUCCAUCGUAGCUCCGCAGUAGCUCCAUCCGAGCUCCGCCGGCGCCAAAGCGAGGCGAGAUGUCGCAGCUAUUAGCUCUCAGCGCGCCUGCAGGGAGCUCAGUGGGGGUAGAGGACAUAGCCUGUCGACCGUGGGGAUCGGUGGGUUACGUGAGGCGGCCUGCUGUUACUCUGAUGGGAGCGGUGACGGGACGGGACGAGAGCCCAGUGUUGUGUCACCGUCACAGCGGGGUCAGGUGCAAUCAGUUGGAAACUGUGAUGUUAAGGAUGCAUGAAUUACCCUACGUUGGAGGGGAAUGCUAAUCCGCGGUGUUCGCCCCGGGAUUUAGAGUUAUCGGCAUGAGGCGUGCAUUGCUGAAAAUUGGUGCCAAGUGACCUGCAAAAGGGUGACAUUUCAAUCAUCAACCGAACGACGCGAUUGUGCUAAAGGUUAAGUGGCGUGGCGUGCCAUUCCAAAAGACAAACUCUGAGAGGUCACUAAAAGCUCCCAUUCUUGAUCGGCGAAAGUGCAUGGCGCCAUUCUUAGAAAUUUCCAAACCCAUCGUAUAUGUUUGUGCGAUGGCCCGGCCGGCAAACCUUUAAAAUCAGCAUAAGGCUAACAGGUUCUCUAACAUUGGCUUAAUAUCAAGACGACUUGACAUGAUCAAUGAUAAAUACUGAUAGAGAAACGCGGUUUCUCUCAGACAUAAGUAAUAGGCAGAGUACUUUCCCAUUUAUUAUGACACGUUAUUAUUGUCUCUAAUGGAACAAUUUCACCUCGUUAAUAAUAAUCAACUUCUGUAAGAUGGAUUAGGUAAGAUGAUAUGAACGUAGGUUAUGUAUAGGUAUGACAUUGCUGGCCUGAGAAGGGAUUUGAACUUCCCCGCAACUUACCACGUGCUAUCAAGCUAACGGAAGGGAUUAAGUGUUGCCAAGUGAUCGAUUUGGUUUAUUGUGAUCGUUCAUUCAUUAAGAAGCACAUAUGUUUGUUUGCUCUGUGGGUUUGUCCCCCAUCCACCCCAUGUGAAUUUGUGUAUCUGGCAAGCAUUUUUCUAAUAUGACUAACUGUUUUGUUUGCUUCACAUGAUUGUUGAAUUUUAACCAGCUUUGUCUACAAACUAGGGUUUGAAACAUUUGCCCGUUUUAGUUUUCCGUGUAGUUCGCAACAUCUGGUAAUGUUCCCACAAGGUCACAGCCUCCUGCUUUUGGAAUAGCAUUUUGUUUUUGUUAUGCGAUAUAAUUGACCUGUUUUACCGGGCCAUGUGUUAUAAACUAAUAAAGCUGUUUUCAGAAUUUUUCACACAAAUGCUGAGUGUCUGAGGGUAUCAACCGUCCAUUUUCUAUCCUACAAUCUACGGCGUGAAUGCUUCAACUCCGGGCAUGCUGCUUCUCUUCGUAGAACGGAGGGCCGGGACGUCUGCAAACUCCAAAGUCUCUGCCGAUUGUCGAACUAGCCGCGAACGCUGCCUGCUCGUUAUGGCAUACCGAACGUACCAAACAUUCCAUCGCCGCCGAACGGCUCGUAUAUUCGGCGCCGGCAUUGUCGCGCUAGUGUGUGUGUUUACAGUGGCGUCGAGACGGCACAAACAAAGUGUGAUGAACGCUGCACUUUCCAGAGGAGAGGAAACAUUAUACCGGAAAUACAUGACGGCAAGUGAUGGUU